GAGGAAACAUCUUAUGCAAUUACUCCACCUACAUUAUCCUCUUUACCCAAGCUCUAUUUUCUGCCGAAUUCUCUGUCAAAAUAUUCAGAUUUCCCUUUUCCGGCCGAGAUUAAUUUUAUUCUACAAUAUCAUAACGAUCAGUCCCUUAAAAAUAAAUUAAACGUUGAACACGACUUAGAUUCUUUUGACGAAGAGAAGUGGAAAAGGACACUCGUGAUGAAAAUGGAGUUGAUUCACAACGACAAGAUAUAA